GCCUGACCCGGGCCCUGACCCUCCGCCCCCGGGGCGGCCAAAGCCGUGGGCACCCGAGGGCGCCCAGGGCGGGACUGCGCCGGAGAUGGCGGCGGCGGCGGCUGUGAGCGGCGCCAAGCGGAGCCUGCGGGCUGAGCUGAAGCAGCGUCUGCGGGCCAUCAGCGCCGAGGAGCGACUGCGCCAGUCCCGGCUACUGACCCAGAAGGUGAUUGCCCACAGGCAGUAUCAGGAAUCCCAGAGAAUCUCCAUCUUCCUGAGCAUGCCAGAUGAAAUCGAGACAGAAGAGAUCAUCAAGGAUAUCUUCCAGCAAGGCAAAGUCUGCUUUAUCCCCCGCUACCGCCUCCAGAGCAAUCACAUGGAUAUGGUGAAGCUAGCGUCACCAGACGAAAUUUCUUCCCUUCCUAAAACGUCCUGGAAUAUUCAUCAGCCGAGUGAGAGUGACACGCGGGAGGAGGCCUUGGCCACCGGGGGCCUCGACCUCAUCUUUAUGCCAGGCCUCGGGUUCGACAGGAACGGCAACCGGCUGGGGAGGGGCAAGGGCUACUAUGACACCUACCUGCAGCGCUGCCUACAGGAGCAGGGGGCAAAGCCCUACACCAUCGCCCUGGCCUUCAGAGAGCAGAUCUGCCCCCAGGUGCCUGUGGACGACACAGACGUGAGCGUCGACGAGGUGCUGUACGUGGACGCGGCCGCUUCGCUCGCGCCCUGACGACCAAGCAGAAUCACCCAUGCUUCGUACCAGAAUCAAGCGAGUCCUUGCAGGAAGGAAGCUACAGGUUGUGGCUUUUAAUUAAGUUCCUGUCUUCAAAAAUCCCCAGUGUGGGGCAGGCGUUUGGCCUCGUAGUUAAGGCAUGUGCCGCACACUUCAGUGUGCCUGGGUUUGAUACCCAUCCCUGGCUCCCAAACACACUUCCCGCUGCUGCAGACCCUGGGACGCAGUGGGCAACGGCUCAAGGGCUUGGGUUCUUGCUACCCAAGUGGGAGACCUGGGUUGAGUUAUUGGCUCCUCACACUGGCUCUGCCCCAACCCUGGUGUUGCAGGCAUGUGAGGAGUGAGAGAGCAGCUGGGAUCUGCCCCCAGCCCCCUUUCUCUUUCCCUGUCUCCCUGCCUCAUAAAUAAAUAAAUAAAUAAAUAACAGAAAGUCUCAUUCAGUUUUUUAAAAAUACCACAAGUGUGGAAUGUUCAGAAUAGUGGAAUAUUGCCGGCAUUGUGGUGUAGAGGGUUAAGCCUCUGCCUGCAGCUCUGGCAUCCCGUAUGGGUGCUGGUUUGAGUCCUGGCUGCUCCACUUCUGGACCAAUUCCCUGCUAAUGUGCCUGGGAGAUCAGAGGAAGGUGGCUCCAGUCUUUGGGCCCUUGUACCCACGUGGGAGACCCAGAAGAAGUUCCUGGGCUUCAGAUUGGCCCAGCUGCAGCCAUGGCAGCCAUUUGGGGAGUGAACCAGCUGUUGGGAGACCUCUCUCUGUGUCUCCCUCUCUCUGUAACUCUGCCUCUCAAAUAAAUAAAUCUUUUAAAAAGAGUAGUGAAAUAUUAGUUAAAAUGGAGGUUCUCACCGUAUGAUUUUCAGCUUACCAUGUUGGUGUUACCGUGAUAGGUUGAUCUGUUUGCUUUGCAGUGGAAGUUAAGUGUUUAUGAGGAACUGUGCCCCGGCUCAGAGUGAGAGAAGAAGUGAGCCCCGAGCGGGUAUGCUCCAAGUCUAUUGUGCGCCUGGCCAGUCCCCUGCCUGUGUUUAGAGACAGGACUGUCUUCCUUCACUUGUUGGCGUUGGCUUUGAGUACAGAGUAUUAUUGCACUUCAUCACGGCUUCAGCUGCUGGCCCUGAAGUUUAUGGGCAACACUUUUUUUUUUUUUUUUUUUU